UAUUUUUUUCGGUUUCUCAGUGGCAAGCUCUGGUUCUCUUUUAAUAUACUCCUCUAAAACUUCUAAUCCAUUUUAGAUAGACUGAAAAACCAAAUUCAAUGGAGGUUGGAAAUUCAGAGGAGGGAAACCUGAGCAGCCAUAACCAUGAUGAGGACUCAGUCACCAUUCCUCUGCUCUCUUCGCUGCGCUCCACCCCAAAUUCCACCUCUCAGGUCGCCAUCGUCGGAGCCAACGUCUGUCCCAUCGAGAGCCUUGAUUACGAGAUUGCUGAGAACGAUUUCUUCAAGCAGGAUUGGAGGACUCGGGGAAAGUGCCAGAUAUUCCAGUACAUCUUCAUGAAGUGGUUGCUUUGUUUUUUGAUUGGCUCGGUGAUGGGUCUCAUCGGGUUCACCAUCAAUCUCGCCGUCGAGAAUCUCGCUGGUGUUAAGUUCGUCUUCACCUCUAACAUGAUGUUGGCCGGAAGGUAUCGGAUUGCUUUCCUAUUCUUUUCUGUUUCCAAUUUGGUUCUGACUUUGUUCGCGUCCACAAUUACGGCGUUCAUUUCACCGGCGGCUACUGGUUCUGGUAUCCCGGAAGUGAAGGCUUACUUGAAUGGUGUUGAUGCACCCGGAGUAUUUUCAUUCCGAACUCUGGUCGUCAAGAUAAUAGGAAGCAUUACUGCAGUAUCGUCCUCUCUUUUUGUGGGUAAGGCCGGCCCUAUGGUCCAUAUGGGUGCCUGUGUUGCAUCUUUGCUGGGUCAAGGUGGCUCCAAGAAAUAUGGCUUAACAUGGAAAUGGCUUCGCUUCUUUAAAAAUGACCGAGAUCGACGAGAUCUUGCAACAUGUGGAUCAGCUGCUGGGAUUGCUGCCUCAUUUCGUGCUCCAUUAGGUGGUGUGCUGUUUGCUUUGGAGGAAAUGUCAUCCUGGUGGAGAAGUGCACUUCUAUGGAGAGCGUUCUUCACAGCAGCUACUGUUGCAAUUCUUCUCCGUGCUUUGAUUGAUGUUUGUUUAAGUGGCAAGUGUGGGUUAUUUGGCAAAGGUGGCCUGAUAAUGUUUGAUGCCUAUUCAGAAAAUGUUUCAUAUCAUCUGCAAGAUUUGCCUCCUGUGCUUCUCCUUGGAGUUGUGGGUGGCAUUUUGGGAAGUUUGUACAAUUUUCUUUUAGAUAAGGUUCUACGAGUUUACAAUCUUAUUCAUGAGAAAGGUGUCUCAUGCAAAAUUUUUGUUGCCUGCUCCAUCUCCAUUUUCACAUCCUGUCUUCUAUUUGGAUUGCCCUUUCUCGCCUCAUGCCAACCAUGCCCUUCAGAUGCUUCAGAAGCCUGUCCUACAAUUGGCCGGUCAGGGAACUACAAGAAGUACCAAUGUCCUCCUGGUCACUAUAAUGAUCUUGCUAGCCUCUUUUUCAACACAAAUGAUGAUGCUAUCAGGAACCUUUUCAGCAAAAAUACUGAUGAAGAGUUCCAGUUUGUCUCAAUUCUCAUAUUUUUUGUCACCUGUUUCUUUCUUAGUAUCAUAAGCUAUGGGAUUGUUGCUCCUGCGGGUCUCUUCGUCCCUGUUAUUGUGACUGGAGCAUCAUAUGGUCGUUUUGUUGGUAUGCUACUUGGUUCGGACUCAACUCUUAAUCAUGGUCUCUUUGCUGUACUGGGUGCUGCUUCAUUUCUUGGUGGAUCUAUGAGGAUGACGGUUUCUUUGUGUGUCAUUAUCCUAGAAUUGACCAAUAAUCUACUAUUGUUGCCACUAAUAAUGUUGGUUCUUCUUGUUUCCAAGACUGUUGCUGAUGCUUUUAAUGCCAAUAUAUAUGACCUCAUAAUGAAAGCAAAGGGUUUUCCAUACCUAGAAGCUCAUGCUGAGCCUUACAUGAGACAGUUGACAGUUGCUGAUGUAGUCACAGGCCCACUAAAUCUCUUUAAUGGAAUCGAGAAGGUCAGUAACAUAGUCCACAUUCUGAGAACAACAAGUCAUAAUGGCUUUCCAGUAAUUGAUCAGUCUCCACUCUCUAAAACCCCCAUUCUCUAUGGUUUAAUCCUCCGUGCUCAUCUUAUCACAUUGCUAAAGAAGAAGAACUUCUUGUCCAGUCCAGUGCCAGCAGGAACUGAUGCCCUCGAGCAGUUCUCAUCAGAUGAUUUUGCAAAGAGGGGUUCAGGCAACGGUGACAAGAUAGAGGAUAUAGAAUUAACUGAGGAAGAAAUGGAGAUGUUCUUAGACUUACAUCCUUUUACUAAUGCUUCGCCAUAUACUGUUGUGGAGACUAUGUCACUAGCUAAGGCGCUCAUUCUUUUUCGUGAAGUUGGUUUAAGGCACUUAUUGGUGAUACCCAAGAUCUCUAGUAUGUCACCUGUGGUGGGCAUAUUGACAAGGCAUGAUUUCAUGCCCGAGCAUCUAUUGGGUUUGCAGCCUUCUCUGAUAAGAAGCAGGUGGAAGAGAUUGAGAAUCAGGUUCCCGGCCUUAUUUAAUUGGUUAUAGGGUAAUUUCAGUGAACUAUGCAGGUCAGACCAAGGAACAUAUUUGUAAGUAAUCCUAUUUGAGCAGCAGAAAGUGGCUGAAUCAUACAAUUAAAUUCCUCAUCGAUUCUGGAUUGAAGACAUGGUAAGAGAGAAUGGAAUAAUUUUUUUUUUUCUGCUUUCUCUAUGUACUAAAACUGCGCUAACUCAAUCGAGUUUUGAUUUGGAGAAUGGAGAAAGCUUUAAUAAAUUAUCAUUCUCGCUCUUCUAUUUGAGCUUUUAUUUUGGCA